CUCGGGGUAACAGUUUCAUUGUGUUUAUUCCUCUGGAUAUGGGAGAGACGGUUGUUGGCAUGGCAACCAAAACGGCCUUCGCUGUUUUGUUAUUGUGCUUUGUGCAGGGUUUAAGUGCAGACACGCUGCUUAAGCGAGACUCGACCCCCACAGACAGCGGAAGUACGCAAAAUGAACCAGAAGAAACAAAUCAGCAAGAUCUUCCAGAAGAGUCUAACUUGAAGAUUUUGCAAGCAGAAAAUUCGGAAAUUCUUGCCAAGUUACAGGAAAAUAAACAAGAAUUUUAUAAUAAAAUAAAUGAGCUUGCUGCCAACUUGACAGAACUGGAAGAACAGGAUUCGGAACGUCUUGAGACGUUGCAGGAGAAUAAGCAGGACUGGUCUGACAAAAUAAAGGAGAUCGCCGUUAAUUUGACAACCCUCAAGCAGCGAAAUUCAGAACUUCUCAACAAGUUACAUGAAGACAAACAGAGGUUUGAGGAUAAAAUAAAGGAAAUCAUCAGUCAGCAAGGUAAUGUAGACAAAAUUAACAUUACAAUCCCGCUAGAAGGAGAUUCUGAAUCCCUUGUCAAGUUGAAACAAUUCAAGCAAAGGCUUGACAAUAAAAUAGACGAAUUGAAAAGCGAAGCUCAACAAAAAAUCCAGGAACUUAAAGACAAAAUUCUAAACCAGGAACAAGAAGGAGUCAGGAAGCGUGAUGCGUCCAAUCCCCUAGCCGGAGGCAGCGUUAUCAGCAUCCUUCUGAAUAUACCGACUUCCCUCACGUCUAAGUUUCAACAAAAGUUCAGUGAAUUCGAAGAGGACGCAAACGAAGUCUUCCAAUACUUCGUCGCCUCCCUUGGAGGCAGCCUAGACACUUUGGAAAACCUACAAAACAUUGUGAAUGGCUCGGUCCUUGCGAAUGUUACCAACAUCAGAGAGGCUGUAUCAGCCGCUUCCAGUUGCUUCGAGGCUCAAAAAGACACCGUGGAAAGUCUUGUCAAACAGACAGUGAGCCAGAUCAAAAAUUCAUUUGGUGCUGAUCGUGAGAAAAUUGAGGCUACAGUCAACCACGUUAAAGCAAUUGGCGAGAAGGUACAGGAUCUUGUAGUCCAGACGGCCCGAAACUCCACUCAGUGCCUGAUAUCACUUGACUGCAUCACGCGCCUGGGUGCCCACAUCGUGCCCAUAAUAUACGAAAUCAGCGAGGAGAUCGCCAGCGAGGCUGCAAAUCUGCAGUCUUUCAAGGAGGACGUGUUACCCGUCGUAAGCAACACUGCCUCGUCCAUUGUGCAGUCUGCCCUAUCCCAAGCAGCAGACAUCGCGCUGGACACCGUCAAGUGCCUCAAGGAGAAGAUUUCUGCAGAUGACUCAACUUCAACAGCACAAUGAUUCCGUUUCUGUUUGCUUCUCCAUUAUAUUACACGCAUAAAGUAUGUCUUUAUUUUAUCUUCUGAAUAUCUCGAAGCACGUUCAUCCUUUCACUGUCAAUCCCGAUUAUAGUUGUUCCCCUCGAUAUGCCUUCCGUUCCAGUUCCAAAAAUAUUUUUGUUCAGCUUGUUGUGUUCUGUGAAAUUUGAAAGUCUUACAGUAGUGAGUGUGGGUUUCGGCGCCAUUAAUUUGGUUGAUAGGUGCAAACAUUUUGGGUUAACGUGCUGGUUCCGUCCAUGAAGAAGGAGGCAGCAUGUCCCUCCGAAACGCUGGUAAGAAUAUCAUCACAAAAGACACAAUUUCGUAUUUUACUUGCUCACGACGCCCAAUGUUUGAUUUUAGUGACAGAUUUAGAAAGAAUGGUAAGUUAGUUGAAAAUACAGGAUUUGAAAUGGGUGACUAGACUCAGCUGGUACAGUAUUGCAUCUAAUAUCAUCUUUUGUGAAUAUGGUAAUAAACAUUUAAAUUCUUUAAUAACAAUGAAUCUCUCCUGUGUCUAACAGAUUUCCAAUUAAAUUUAUUUAAAAGAAAAUCUAUUUAGAAACAUCUGAAAAUAUUUUCACACAGAAACUGGAAGGAAUGGCUUAUAAGCAUAAAAUGAUACGCUAAUUUAAUUCUUUUUCUAAUUUAGCAAGAUGUAUUCGUUUUCUGUAUGGAUCUCCGUUACGGCUGAAACUCUUUGUGAUGAGCAAGUGUGAAAAUAGAGGUGAAGUGUAUUUUCUGGCAAUACUAAACAAAAAAAUCAUUCACAGUAGAAAUAGGAGACACAUAAAACGAGAAUUCCCAUUCCUAAUAAAGUAUGGUCGCAAUUGUUUGAAUAUGCAGCAGUGGAAAGUUGAAUCUUAACAUUAACAUUAUUGUCACGUGUGCCGGUGACUUUACACGCGGGUUUGGCUCAGUGAGGCGAUUUACUGGAUCUUAACUAGGCGGAACUACAACUAAUUAUAACAUUUUCAAUCUUACUCCAACUAAAACACUUCGUACCUACGAACAAUGAUAACACUCUAAAGGUUACUGUAACUUCACCAUGCAAACUAAAGACUUCACUUCUGCAUUCUUCUUCUGGCUACUGUUUCUGACUUUUGUGAGUAUGAGUCUUAUAUUAUGACCGACGGUCAGUCGGUCAGUCUGUCUUCGAAUUAAGCACCCAUCUGGGGCUUACGACCAGAUUUUUAUUACUGUCAGAUAUUUGCGGGUUGUUGAUGUGGGGACACUCUCUCUGACGAGAGGAGGGGUCUGUCGUUCACAACUGCUGCUGGCCCUCACCAGCGCAGUAAUUGUCGGGUCCGAGGCCGUGACACUCGCAGUCAUAUUUUACUGUCUCAGAUUCGAAAUUUCAUUUUUCGUCGCCUCCUACGACUGGCAGGGCUACGGUGGUUGUAUUCGAACCCUCCUCCAAACGGGACUGUUUCCUGAUCUGGUUAUAAUUAUUAGGCGGCCAUGAUAGCAGAGUUCUGCAUUUCGUACCUGCGCUGUCUGCCUAAGCACGCGUCCACACUAACCUAGAUGCCUAGUCGAGUGCCGUCACGGAAGUGCUUGUAUACCAACCUCAUGGUAACCCGCUGUCACGGGAACAUGCUCUGUUAAUACCUGUUGCGUAGGAAAUCAACUUAAGAUCUGACUCAAAUUUUCCGGCUUUCAGGAGUCAUGUCACAAUAUUAUUCGAAAUAAUGUUCAUGAGUUUUCCUUCGCAAAAUGCGUAUUUAAUUUAUAUGAACAUACAGAACUUUCGUAAUAUAAACUGGUCAGUAAAGAAAUAUCUUGUGUCCAUAAAUGCCAAGUUUUUGACAAGUUAGAAAUUCUGUCUUCAUAUUCUUCUAAUAUUUAUGUAUCAGAAAACUUAAUGGCUGUACCUGUCUCAAAAUCAAUUUCCAUUGUUUAACUAUUAUUUCUCCCACUCUUCACCCUCUAUGUUUGCAAAUCCCUGCUGUGCCUUCCCACAGAUCACCUUCUAUACGAUUUAUAACUUGCGAAUUUAAAGGUUCUUUACAAAAUAAAAAUGAAAACUUUGUGUGGAGA